AUGGAACGACGAGGAGGAGGCGCCGAUGGCACGGUUCUCGCCUUCACGGACCUGACCGUUGUGACCCUGACGUCCGGCGUGUCCGCUUACAGAGCCGCAGCCGCAGGGGACGUCGGCUCCACGGCGUUCGUGGGCGCCAGCUACGCCGCGCUGCUGCUUCUCUUCCGCAGCCUCCGCGCCUACGAGCGAUUAACGUUACCGCCGCCCGGGGCGGCCGACGACGACGGGAGGCGGAGGAGGCGUCGCGUGAAACGCGAGGUCUGGACGCUUUGCACGCUGCUCACUGUGCUGUUCGCGUGGAAGGUGGCCGCGGCCAUGCCGUCCUGGCCCACUGCCGCCGCCGUGUGGGCGAUGGCGGUUGUCACCGCCGUUGGCGGUUUUCUUGCCUUGUUUCGUCAUCCGUGA